AUGGCGAAGCUGACCGACACUGAGUCGGCUCAAUCCCCGGCCUCAAAAAGCUCGGACGAGAGCAUCACAGACGCACAGCCUGAAGGAAUCGACACCAAUGACGAAGAGAUUAAGUCCGGCAAGAAAGACAAGAAAAAGCGCAAGAAGUCAUCCUCCGAGGACGCUGGCCCCGAAAUUGAUGCCGAACUGAAGAAAAAGAAGAAGCGCCGCCACUCCGAAGACGAUGACCAGAAGAAGGACAAGGACUCUGAAUCAAAGAAGAUGUCCUUUGGACCUGGGACAAAGGAGAAUGACGGCGACGACGACAGUGCCUCCGAGGAUGUCGACAUGGACGAAGCUGCUACCACCGAUGGAGCCGAGGCAGACACCGAAGACAAGGAGAAUGACAAUGCAGUUGAAGAUAUGAAGAAGCGCAAGCGGGAGAAGAAGAAGCAAAGAAAAACCGGCACCGCCCCGACUGAGGCACAAGUCCACGAGACUCCAAUUCUCUCCUACCUUAGCCACUACCACCGAGCACGCGCGACCUGGAAGUUCCAAAAGAACCGCGAAACCAACCUCUUCAAGCACCUCUACUCUCUCGAGCAUGUCCCCUAUCAGUACAACACUUCGCUGCUGGCGUACAUGCAGGGACUCCGUGGUGACGCCGCAAAGCAACGGUUGAGCGAUGCUGCUAGGGAUGUGAUCAAGGCCGAUAUGGAUCUUGACAAGCCCAAGGACGAUGAAUCAGCGGAAAACCAGGAGGAAAACACAAACACUGACUACGUCGAAGCUAUCAACGCGUUCCGUGAACAUCUGCCGGAAGCAGACGAGAAACUGGACAGCAUCAACAUCGGAGAGGAUCUGAACGCAGAUGCCCAGAAGCAGGCAGCGAGCGGAGCUGGUCUUUUCGCUGUCGCCGGCAAGCUGUUCAGCGCCGAAGAUGCCAAGCCCAAGCGGAAACCCAAGUCUACAGAGCCCCCAGCCAACAAGAAGCGGAAGAACAGAACCGUCGUUGUUGAUAUUAGCAGCAGCGAAGACAGUUCUGAUGAUGAUGCCCCGGCUCGCAAGAAGGCUGCCAAGCCUGCCGCGGAUAGCAGCAGCGAUGAAAGCACCUCUUCCAGCGGUAGCAGCAGCGACAGUGACAGCGAUGAUUCUGAUGCUUCGGCUUCUGCACCCACCCCUGCUAAGCAAGCUGCAGUGGACACUCCCUCAAAGAAGGAAAGCAAGGCAAGGAAGAAGAAGAACUUGCCGGUCCGUGAAGAAAAGCCUAAGCCCGCGCCUGUGCCAAAGGUUCCCAAGAAGACCCAAAAGCGGAAGCUUAGAACUGCUCAAAUUGAGAUCUCGAGCAGUGAAAGCGACAGUGAUUAA